GUGUACAAUGUGACCAAGUUUCUCGAUGACCACCCUGGAGGCGACGACGUCUUGCUGUCUUCAACAGCCAAGGAUGCGACCGACGACUUCGAGGACGUGGGGCACAGCACGACCGCCCGGGCGAUGAUGGACGAGUACUACGUGGGCGAGAUCGACGCGACCACGAUACCCACCAAGGUCAAGUACACGCCGCCCAAGCAGCCGCACUACAACCAGGACAAGACCCCCGAGUUCGUCAUCAAGAUCCUCCAGUUCUUGGUCCCCCUCGCGAUACUGGGCCUGGCCGUCGCCGUACGGAUCUACACCAAGGCGGAGUCUGUCUAGCACCGUCGUCUUAUACCAGUCAGUCAGUCAGUCAUUCGGAAGUGUCCAAGAGCUGAAUAAGUUUUAGUGGGGAUUUGCAUAUUUUGUGUACCAGCGUCACCGUCCUGUCAUGGAAUCUGGGAACUGCUCUCGACCCGUCGUUGCGUUAUGGUUCUACUGACGUCCGCUGUUGAAAUCGUGACUCGGGAAAAACGGAUAGAUACUUGGCUAUAUUUUCCAUAUCGCUGGUGAAUGUUCAGACAUACAUAUUCUUAAUUUGAUGUGAUUAGUUGUGUA